AUGAAGCCUGCCGUCUUCUGCACAUUGGCCGGUACGGCCUUGAUGCUGGCCGACACUGUCGAUGCCCACGGUCAAAUGCUAGUGCCGUCCUACCGCCCGAUCACGACCAAAUAUCGGGAGGACUGCCUGUACGGUCUUAAGGGUGCCGGCGACGAUGAGCUUCAAUGGGCCCCCAUCGAAAACCUGAGCCAACGCGGUCAGGCUGACCAACCGGCGGCCGCCACCUUCAACAUGUACAACGGCUGCAGAGGCUUAGUGUACGAGUCCGAGAACAACGUGACGGAGAUCGAAGCCGGCAAGGAGUUUGACGUUAAGUACUAUAUUCAGGCGCCGCACCCGGGAUACAUGGAGCUGAGUAUCGUCAAGCCCAGUACCGACGCGAACGGCAAGAUCACGUACAACCGCGACACGCAGAUCGAGUACUUCAGCGACUUCGCCAACUCCGCCGGUACCUUCACGGUCACGGCCACCAUCCCCACAAAUGUGACGGGCUGCGAGAACGCCGGAGACUGUGCACUGCAGUUCUAUUGGCACUCGGACAUCGCCAACCAGACGUACCCGACGUGCGCUGACAUCACAAUCCCAGGCAGCGGCGCCGGUAGCUCCUCCACGACGUCCACCUCGACGUCGACCACCACCACGUCGUCUUCGUCGUCGGCUUCGAACGCUCCCACCGCCUCUACUUCUACUUCUACCCCUACUACUACUACCUCUUCUCCUUCCACCGCAACUACGGAUGGCUCUAAGAUCGCUGGUGAGGCCAGCUACACUGCUGACAGCACCGAUGCUUCUGCAACGACGGAUGCCUCGACUGCUACGGAUGCAAGCGGCGACACUGCUGCAUCAACGAUGGACGCUUCGAGUGAAGCCACCGCGCCUACGUCUACCGACGCCCCGGAGGUUACCACGGCGCCUAGCACCACGUCUGCUUCGGACAAGUGCUCGGUUCGUCGUCGUCGUCAGUAGUAUAUCCGAGAAACAAUGGGCGAGAGAUAGUUUGUGUGCGCUAGUGUUUGCUGUGUCAUAAGUGAGAAAACAGUUGACAGCUUUUCGAGAAUACAUAUCGUGUUCAAUCCGUCCCCCUCCCCGUUUCCUCACGCGCGUUUGAAAUGCGUCUGUAAGAGGUGAAAACAGCGGCUGUGCUUUCC